UGGACGGUUUUUCCUGGGAUGAGACCGUUUGACCAAUCAGGUUUCGCCUUGCGUUGCCCCUGGUUACCGCAUUGGCUGCGGCUCCAAAUCAACAGGGCGCUGGAGCGAAGGCCGGGAUCCGGAGCGGGCGGGUGGGCUGCUGAUGCUCGGCGCUGGGAUCCUUGGGCAGCACUAAUCUUCUUGAAGUGAAAAUGGCAAAGAAAAAGAGAGACAACAGAGGAAGUAAUGAAGAUAAAAUGACUUUGGCAGAAGCUUUUCUGGGGUUUCGAUUUCAGAUAAAGGAGACAGCUAUUGAAAAAUCCACAAAUGAAUUAAAACAGCUUGAAGAAAUGAACGCACGAUACAGAGAACGAAAUGAACAGUUGAAGAAAGAACAAAAGGAACACAUCAAGAAUCUAUUUAAAUUGGCCAAGGAGCAAGACAGAGAACUGGAACACAAAGAGUUAAUCAGCACUGAACAAGUAGAACAGACCAUGAGAGAAAAUAUUGAGCUAAUUAGACAAAAUGAACAGCAAGUGCAAGACAUAAUGACCUAUACGGCCAGUGUGGAGCAAGAUAUCCUGAAGGCGACAGAAGUGAAAGAGUAUUGGCUAGAAUACAAAAACAUUGGAAGUGUUGAACAUGGUAAAAUUAUUGAGCAUCGGGAAAAUGAACUCCUCGAGAUGGUCAGAAGUUUCAGUGAGAUGGAAGAUCACUUUCAUAGAGCCUUGGAAAGGGUAAAAGAAGAAACUGAUAAAUUAGCAAAGGAGCAAAUGGAUGAAAAAAAGGCAAACGCUACACAGAAAGCUAUAAGUUAUAUGGGAAGACACAGUCGACAAGAAGUGAAAGAAAAUGAAUGGCUGAAGAAAGAGCUUAAACAAUACAGUAUGGAAGUUGCUAAUAUAGAACAAGCUGUUCAGAAGGUUGAAGAGGAAAAUCUAGAAAUUUUGAGUCAAUUGUUUGAUUGUCAGAUCAGUGACCUUAAUGUAUGCAGGAACUUGGUUGAGAUUUGUGCAGUUGGACCCAAAGACCAUGAUGCCAGCUUACUGGAAGGUAACUCAGCUGAAUUGGAUCACAGAGGCGAAACCUCAGAAAUCAAUGAUAUAAACUCCAAUCUACUGAAACCCAAGUGCAAAACACUCUUGCCAGUAGAGAAGGAAGUUUCCUCAAUGUUUUUAAGAGAGGAACAGGCAGAAAAUGAAGAAACACAGUUCCAAUUAAGCAAGUCUGUAUCGCAGAAUCUCACAUAUUUGCUGCAAGAUGAUGAAAAGUUCUUGGAGCAUUUAGAGUGUGGUGCAUUUGAGCAGAGGCUGUUGCACGUAAAAGGUCAAGCUAUGUCGUUUCAAGCAAUUGAGCAACCUUCCAGUCAAGGCAAGAAAGAUGAACAAAGAGAACCAAGUGAAGCAGAGCUGGGAUGGCCUGUCACUGGUACAAUGCUGAGAUCUGUUAUUUCAUAGGUAUUAAAAUUCUUACUUUACAAUCAAUAGUUCACGUGAAGAUGAAAGUGCUUCUGCAUCACAAACUGGAGUUUCAAGUUGCCAGUAAUUUAAUCUAUUUCUCUUCCCACCAAGCCCAGAUAUAUGAACAUAGCCUCACUUUGAGGAGCAGUUCAAUAGACAAGCUCCUCUGGAAUAAACAACUGCAGCAACUUCACUGGACUUUAAGAUAAUUAAAAGCAGAAAUUUGAAAUGGCAGCUUAUUAAAUAUAAGCAUCAGAUUAAAACUCUCUUGGCAACUUGAAAGUUUAUUUUAAUGAGCUUGAUAACUGACCAUAUGUAUAUCAAUACUUAAAACUUUGCUGUAAACUUUACAGGAAAUAAAAUGCUCAGUGU